AUGGUCGUGACGGCAGGAGACAUUUCAACUUUUAAUAUACAACACGGUUACGUAGAGGGACUCGUACGAGGCUUUCGGUCGGGCUUUUUAGAUGAUGUGGACUAUCACCACCUGACGCAGUGUGAAAAUCUAGAAGAUGUGAAGCUAAAUCUACAGGAAACAGAUUAUGAUCAGUUUCUAGCGGACGAGUCGUCGGGUACCAUCUCGCCUGGCUUGAUUCAGGGUGGUACAACCAAUAAACUUGUGGAAGAGGUAAAGUUUUUGCGUGCACAGGCCAUGGAACCACUAGGCGAAUUCCUCGAUUUUAUCACAUACGAAUACAUGAUCGACAAUGUGAUCCUUUUGCUCAAAGGAACUUUAAAUGGGCGCGAUGUAAACGAGCUCAUUGGACAGCUCCACCCACUUGGACAGUUUGAUGAGUCCAUCAUGCGCAGCAUUUGCACGUUCGAGCCGAACGCCAAAGGCUACACGGACCUGUACGAGACUGUGCUGAUUGACACUCCUAUUGGGACCUAUUUUAGUCAAUUUCUCGAGGAAAGCGCAGGAGGCGACCGCAUGGACGGCACAUCAGAUGUGCGCAACGUCUUGGAGGAAAUGCAAAUGGAGCUCAUCAAGAACAGCAUGUUGAAAUUAUGGCUUGAAGAUUUUUACAAUUUCUGCCAGAAGAUUGGCGGUGAUACGGCUGUCAUCAUGGGGGAAAUCCUUAAGGCGCGGGCUGACCGUAUUGCGAUCAACAUUACGUUGAACUCGUUCGACACGCCGUUAAACGAGCCUGCGAUGCGCAUCUCAGACCGCAAGCCGCUGUAUCCGUCUAUUGGUUCGCUAUACCCCGAUGCGACGGCGCUUCUGGCGGAAGCUGGCGAUGAGUCGGCACUCGGAUCAGCAUUGGAUUCGUUCCCAGCAUAUCGUAAGAUCUGGGAGGUUCAUCAGAGUGAGGGCGUGGACAGCAAGUCCAUCGACGACGCAUUUUACGAGCGUGACGUCCAGAUGGCGGAAUUGGCGUUUCAGAGUCAAAUGCACUUCGCUUGCUUCUACGCGUACGUUAAGUUGAAAGAACAGGAGGUGCGCAACUUGGUGUGGAUCUGCGAAUGCAUCGUGCAGAACCAGCGCGACGCCAUCAACAAUUUCAUUCCAAUCUUUAGCGACAGCGCUCCGUGGCGUGGCAAGGGAUCAAGCAAACAUUAA